UGACACGGCUCUGAUUCCCGGGAAGGGGGAAUCAAGACGGCGGGGUGGGGUGGGGGUGGGGGAAGAGGGAUCCUCCGGAUUUCCUGCGGUGCGUGGGGGAAGGGAGGCAGAGGAGCGGGCAGGAUCAGGCCUUUCCCUCACCCCUACCCACCCCACCCAGUCUCCUGCGAGGCAUGUGAGUGCCAGCGUUUUGUACCAUGUCUCUGGAGGGCCUGGGGGUGACCCAGAAUGUGGCGGACCUGGAAGCCCUCUUGAGGGGCGCGGAAGCCAUCCAUGUGAUGGAGCAGCAGAUCGUGAUCAUUUCCACCCCAGACCAGCUCUCCGCGCCCGGAGGAGAGAGCGACGCCGAGCUGCUGCUGUUCGCCACUCCGCAGCCCGCCAGAUUGGAAACGGCGACGCAGAGGCCUGCUCUGGAGCGCCCGCCGGUAAAACGGAAGCUGAACUUGGAGACUGACCACCAGUACAUUGCAGAGAGUGUUCAUGCAGCCCGAGGAAAAGCGAAAAACCCUGUCAAAGGGGUGAAGUCUCCUGGAGAGAAAUCCCGCUAUGAAACCUCCCUGAAUCUGACCACCAAACGUUUCCUGGAGCUGCUGAGCCAAUCGCCUGAUGGUGUUGUGGAUCUCAACUGGGCUGCAGAGGUGUUGAAGGUGCAGAAGAGGCGGAUCUAUGACAUCACAAAUGUCCUGGAAGGUAUCCAGCUGAUCACCAAGAAGUCCAAGAACCAUAUCCAGUGGUUGGGAAGCCGGACUGCUGUGGGGAGCGCCAGCAAGAGCCAGGGGUUGGUGAAGGAACUCCAGGAUCUUCAGGCAGCAGAACAGCAACUGGACAGCCUCAUCCAGAUGUGUACUACUCAGUUCAAGCACCUCACGGAGGACCCAGAAAACAAGCACUCAGCUUAUGUGACAUGCCAAGAUCUGCGCAGCAUUGCAGACCCUUCUGAACAACUGGUGAUGGUGAUCAAAGCACCCCAGGAGACACAGAUGCAAGUCUCUGACCCGGCAGAGGCUUUCCAAAUUGCUGUGAAGAGCACCCAGGGCCCAAUAGAUGUGUUUCUGUGCCCAGAAGAGAGCUCUGGAGUCUGCAGCCCCACCAAGAGUCCAUUGAAGGUGGCUUCCGAGGAACCUUCCCCAGGGUCUUCGCAAGCAGCAGCAGCUCCUGCACUUCUGCGUCCCUCCCAGGAAAUGAACUCGCCGUUGCUGAGUGCAGACCAAGAGCCCCUGUUGUCUAGAGAGAGCGCGUUGCCACUGAAGUGCCCUGCGGAUGACGUGAACCUCUCGCCACUGGCGUCCGUGGAUGCUUUGCUCCAGCAGGGCAAGGAGGACUUCUCAAGCUUCCUACCUGCCGAAUUCAUUGCGCUUUCGCCGACCCAGGACUAUCACUUUGGGCUCGAGGAGGGCGAGGGCAUCAGCGAGCUCUUUGACUGUGAUUUCGGAGACUUGACUUCCUUGGAUUUCUGAGCGUCCUCAGGUGGGGUGGGGUGGGGAGCGCCACUCAGCUAGCCCUGCCCCACCACGGGGCAUCCUCUCAGAGCUGACGUCUGAAUGUAAUCGCAAGGCCGGCUGCAGCCUCCUCGGCCGAUGCGCUGCAGAGAGGACUCCAGGGGAGGAAACAGAAGGCAGCAGUGGCCGGGGUGUGAUUCAGUUCUUGGCUUCCUGUCGCCAGCCGCCUCGCUGCGGCUGAAGAAGGUGGCUGUGAAGCUAAUGGCUGCUGUGAAUGUUGCAGGCCCCUUUCUGUGGCCUUCCAGUGGGCCUGCUGCGUCCAGGCCCAUAGUAGUAGUGUCCAGGGCCAUCUUGAUUCUCUGGUGCCAUGUUUUGACUCUAUAGGGGCAGUCCUAGUAGUUAAUGCUGUUGCCCUAGCAACAGCUAACUUAACUCUCGCUCAACCACUCUUUUCCCCAAGUCCUCACUUUAAACUGAAUUUUGCUGUGGGCAAACCACCCCACCAUCGCUCCUUACUGUGAGCAAUUUCUUCUCUUGCCUUGGAAACUGUGACAGUCAGAAGAGUUUCUGAGAACACGCGCUCCUCCCUCCCUUCUGUCAGCAAAGCCUCUGGGGUGUAGGGCAGUAAUGGCCUGGAUAUUCAUUGCGAGAGGGGCACCUCUCUCUGCCAGCCAGCUGUGGAAGAAAAAAAGGCAAGAACAGUACUUCUAAGUAAUAAUUGGUGAUAACCUGACACCCCAUUGUCCUACAGACCAGGUCAUUCUGGUUGGCUGGCAUUGAGACACCAACAAUUUACAGUUUGAGGAUCAGAGGUGAUGGGGGGGGGAGGGGGAGUUCUUUUUGCCGGCAAGGUGUAAACCUGAGAUUUGUAAUCCUGUAGUGAAAUAAUGGCCAUUUUGAGGAAAGGAAGCCAAGUGUGUAGAAUUGUGCAGGAUGGUGCUGAGGGAACCUUUCAGUAAUUUUUUAUUUUUUGGGGGGUGGGGGGAAGCUGCUCAAAACUAGUGAAACAAAAUAGAUAAUCAGAUGUGCCUGAAGAGUUGCUUCUCCCCCUUAGUUGUUUUAUAUAUAUAUAUAUAUACUGGUUGCAAAAGAGAAGUGAAUAUAAGGAAGCCAGGAAUGACGGGCUGAGUUGUUUCUGGAUAUUAGCCUGGGGCAUGAGGUCCUACUCAUGAUAAAGCUUUAAGGAGGAUUCUAUAUAGAUUAUUUAUUUAUUUUGGGCUCCCCACACCUCACCCUUUUUUUUUUUAAGGCCUCUGAGUCUCCCCACCUUUGUGUGUAGAAGAAGUUCAUUUCUGGGGAUGGGUUCGGUGCGACUUUUUUUUUAGAAAAAAAGAAGUAAGCUAGAUGGCAAUUGAAUUUAGCUGUUGCUUCUCUUUUGAUGAGCAGAAGGCAGGAGGGGACAGUGAUUAAGGUGAGGUCAGCCAAGAACGUUUUGCUCCAUCAGGAGAGAAGCAAAAUGUGGCUCGCUAGUCUCCAGAAAGGCAAGGAAUUCUGUUUCCUGGCUGUGGUGCAGUUAAUAAUGUAAAGCCGUAUAUGACAAAUGCCUUUUUUUUUUCUUUCUUUUUUCUUGCUUGGAGACCUGUUUGACCCUCCCCUGCGAAGCAAAAGGCGUGAAUACUGACUGACCUUCAGUCUGUGCACUGCCCGAACAUCCCCCCUCCCCCUGUGCUAAGCACUAUGGGGUUUUCUCCAGAAAUCAUGAAUUCAUACUAUUUAUUUAUUAUUUAUGUGGGCUCCAUCCAGUGUUUCUGGAAGGUUAAAGGGCAAGUGAAGAGGAGACUGCAUGAAGUGGACCUCUGCAUGUCCAGGCAUGCAGGGAAAGAGGCCAUAUUGUAUCCUGGUAGAAUAGCUAGCCUAGAAAAAUGAGGAAUGGAGGAAGAGAGUUUGAGAAAUGAGUAGCCGGCGUGUUGUAGAUGAGCUGUUGGGGUCUGGUAGGAUGAGGUUGCUCUUGUGUCCCAUCCGUGUGGUGGGAGGUGUGGCUGGUCAAUAUUGUUGUGCUGAAAUGCUAUUUAUUGGUAGAAAAAUGAACGGCAGGUUCAUCUUGUACAGGAAUACUCCGUGUUGAGGAGGAAGGGAAGGGAGAGAGACACAUGCAGCUUUAGUUACAGGAGUCUGAGGAAGGACAAGCAUCAUCCUGGGCUUGUCCAUUUUGGUAAGUACCUUCAGUUGUUGGGAAGCAAGGAUAAAUCGAGUGAAACCUUAUAAAGGAGUGUGAAUGUUGCCGGCUGGAUAGCAUAUGACAAGGCAGCUCUCGGUGCUGUCCCCUAGGUGCCUUCCUUUUUCAUUAGCCUAGCAAAUUUCAAUUACCAGGACUCACCAAAGUGUCCCCCUGCUUUGUAAGGGACCCUUGCUUCACAAAAAAGGCAGCUGGGUGGGUGAGUGUGUUUGUGUGCAAAGCUUUAUUACUCAGCAACGUGGUGCCUGUAGGCAUUCUUUGUGGUGUCAGUACAUUUGUGGAACAGCCCUAUCCAUUUGGGCUAGUUUUAUAAGAAAAAAGAAACUGUGUAUGCCUGUUAGAAUGAGAGGGCUACGGACCCUGGAAUGCAUCAUGGCACUGGGUCGCACAUAGCCUAAAACCAUGCUGGAAGUUGUUCUUCUGUCUGAGGGGGAAAGUAAGAACAAUGCCUUUUUGAAUUAGGCUUUUCCUGGCUGCCAUAAACAGAAAGGUUCUUUAGCCCUCCUUAGGUGUUUGGAUUGGGAGUAUUUAGGUCACAUUCACGCCAUGUUUUUAAAGUACCACAAUACUACUUUGCAUAGUCAUGGCUUCCCGCAAAGAAUUCUGGGAGCUGUUUAAAGUUACUGAGGAGACCCUCCUUAUUCCCUUCCCAUGACUACAAUUCACAGAGUCCCCUUCGAAGAGGGAUUGAGUGUUAAACCCCACUCUGAGAACUGCAGCUGUGUGAGGGGAAUAGGGGUCACCUAGCAACUCUCAGCACCCUUAACAAACUGCAACUCCCAGAAUUCUUUGGGGGAAGCCAGGACGGUUUAAAGUGGUAUCAUACUGCAUUAAAUGUAUGGUGUGAAUCUGGCAUUAAGCUUUGUAGGGGCUGUGAGUGUUGCCCUCUCCUCUUCCAGCCAUUGUUCAUUCAGAGUUAAGGUGUGGGAUGCAUCUAACUGCAUCUAACAGUGGGAUGCAGUUCGAAUACCUUCCAUUGGUAUCUCUGAUUUCCCAGGGUUCCCAGGUGCCUGGAGGUUGUAGCUGUGUCUUACUGAACAUGGUUAGAAUCCCCCCAUAGGCCCUCUGUGCAAAAAUGCACAAAGAGUAGAUGAGGAAAGGGCAGAGGCAACAUGUACAUACCUCUGCAGAGUAUGAGCUCUUGGACGUUCAUCCACGUGCCUGAAGAUCCCUUUGCUGGAAUUGGACAGCCCAUGAUUUUAUAAAGGUGGAGACACAUACUGCCAGUCAGGCAAAUAUUAUGCCUGCAACAUGUGUUCUUCCCUCCUACUGUGUAGGUCAAAGUAAAGCUGAAACAACCAGUACAGUAACCAUCCUGUGCCUAGGCUCUGUAGUCAUUGCAAAAGGAGAAGCAGCUAACUCUCCUAGCCGUCUGGUCCCCUGCUAGUCCGUCUUGAAGCAAAUGUUAGGAGUUAUAUUUUCCACGGAAAAUACACACGCACACGAACACAGACACAUGGGUGCCAUGGUGUGUUAUUUUAAAUAUCUACCAUUUUCUAGUUCAGAUCAGAACUAGCAUUGCAGGACUUGGAUCGCUUGAGCUUGAGCUACUUUCCUGUGCUACAGCUGUCCACAACUUGUCGCCUUCUAGACGCUUUUGGACUACAACUCCCACCAUCCAUGUCUAUGAGGAUGAUGGGAGUUGUAGUCCAAGGCAACAGGUUGUGGGAAGGCUGCUCUAUUAGGUUAGGUGCAGAAGACUCAGGUCUGAUUAUCUCUCUUCAUUAAGAUGUGGAUACCUUUUAGGGAAUUCUGUUCCUUCUCAGCAAAGGCCAGUGCUUAGACCAACAAGCUGUUGCCAUAAUGUGCCACUGCUUCCAAAUGGCUUGUUGAGAUGAGCUGUUCCUCUUGGUGUGCCUGUUCCAUGUGCUGCUUUGCUGUUCUUGGUGGGGACGGUCCUUUUCCAAGGGUUUGCCCUGUUCCUGACUCAGAGCAUGUUCCCUGAUUCCUACAAAGUGCCUGAUGUUUCCAUACCAUAGCACGUUUCAGAGGCCUUUUGAGGUUUUGAUACACUUAAUAAACUUUCCCCCAAACCGGUGAUUGCAAAAGCCAGGAACAAACCAGUAUCAUAAAGCAUCCUUCUGUUUUAUUUAUUAACCUUACAUCCACUCUUCCGCCCAACAUUUGCCCUGUUGACACUUCUUGGUUUUGCUGAUGGAACCCAUUUGUUGUCGCCUGGCGAAAAGUUACGAUGAGUAGCACAAAGGAACAGCACCUCGCAGCCUGUGAGAUGUUGGUGUGUGCCGUGCAAGUUGAUCUUGCAUGGUGGAAGAGUCAGACUGUGUGUGUGUGUGUGUGUGUGUGUGUGUGUGUGAUAUUUGCAUAAAGUUCAGCAGAGCCUCUUUGGUUGAAAUGGUGGCCUAUAGGCCUACAGAACUUUCAAGGAGUUGACAAGGGGGAAACCAGCCACUUAACUGUAGUGCUUAAUAUGUAUUUUGGGGGAUCCAGGUAAACUCACGAAUAAAAGAGCUAAUGAAUCAGGGGGCUGUUUUGAGAAAAGUCCUAUAUCUGAUAUUCCAGGUAUCUUGAAUUUAAGCAUGGAUGUCUAGCUACAGAAAGUUCUACUGGUAUCGACCCGCGAACCUGUUGUGAGAAGUGGCAGCAGAUUGGGGAGGGGGAGGAGGAUGGGAGCAGGCUCUCUCCCUCCCUGUUUUUUUUCUAACCCAGAUGAGAGCACUUAUAGAACACAUAUACCAAUAGCUUUGAAAAGCCUUUAUUUACUGGAGCAAAGAAGUAAAAGCCUAGAUUGUGUAUGAUUCUUCUUCUCCUUCCAGUACGUCUCAGUUACUACUUCCAGUGAAAAGUAUGGGCAAGUUCAAGUAGAGAUUGGCUUUUGUCAUGUUGUUUUAUUAAAAUUGGAAGCACAGCAGAGGAGAGAGGGUGUCUUCUGCCUCGGCAAGAAGGUGUGUGUAGUUUGUCUUGGAGGUGGGUGCUUAAUGCAUUUUCAGAAAGCGAUGCCAUUCAGUUUGGGCGGCUAAAGGUUGCUGGGAUAUUGUGGUGGUUCUUAAGGAUUGCACCUUUUCCUGUAAGUGCCAAGCCAGGAACUCUGGGUCCUUCAGCAGCCAAGCACCUAAGUGCAUUGCAAAAACUCCAGCAAAUCCCAGUGCCUGAACAUUGAGGGCAAUGCACCUCUGUGUGCCUUGUUCAUUAUCUGUGCUUUUAGUUUUAAUAAAUACUUCUACUUCAUUUUCUCUUUG